AUGGAUCAGGUGAUGAACUCCCUCAAUUUCUCUUUCAAUUUCGUUGUAGAUGCCAAAAGAUUAGCCAGAGGCCUUUGUUUAAUGUGGAAAGCUGGUUCUGCAGUUAAGCUUGUUGAUUUUAAUAAAGAUUUGAUUGCUGUAAAUAUUUCGGAUACUGCUUGUGCAUGGAAUUUAGUGGGCUUUUAUAGCCCCCUUUAUGCAGUCAAGAAAAGGAAGGCAUGGGAAAAUCUGGCUGCCUUCUUUCGAUGCCCGUGGCUUUGUUUGGGUGACUUCAACUACACCUUCAAUGAUGAUGAAUCAAAUGGAUGCAAGAAAGGGAGACACUCCUUCAACAACUUCCUCCAAGAGCUCAUGUUUAAUACAAGCACCAUAGAUUUAGGUUUUUCUAGUAAUCAGUACACAUGGGCCAAAGGAAAAUGGGGGCAAUGCGGCUAUAAAGAAGAGGCUGAACAGAGCUAUCUGCCAUUUCAUUUUGAAGUGGCAUGGAUUAGAGACCCAGGGUGUUAUGAUAUAAUUAACAAUGCUUGGAACCAAGACUCCUUUGGCACUGAUUUCACAAGGCUCUGUCAGAAGCAGGAAGCCACGAGAAGGGCUCUUCGCACAUGGAAUAGGAAGGUGUUUGGCCACUGCCAGGAUAGAAUUAGCACGCUUCUUAGCAAAAUCAAAGAAAUCCAAAUUAAAGAGGGCUCUGAUCACAAUGAAAUAGUGGAAGCUAGUCUCCAAGCAAAAUUGGCAGAAUGGACCAGGAGUGAGGUUUUGUGGUGGCAAAAAUCAAGGGAAUUGUGGCUUCAAUAUGGUGAGAGGAACACUAAGUUUUUCCACCUUUCCACAAUCAUCCAAAGAUGUAGGAACAGUAUAGAUAACAUCAAAAAUAAUAAUGGGGACUGGAUCUCAUAUGCCAAGCUUAUUAGGAAGUAUUUCCAUGAUGAGUUCAAAGAGCUGUUGACGGAAUAA